GCAAUCAAGCGGCUGAACAAGGGGUUAUCGGGCCAAGGAGAGAAAGAGUUCGAAGCGGAGAUUGAGAUGUUAUCUCAGCUCCGCCACGUCCAUUUGGUCUCCCUAAUAGGCUACUGCGACGACGACGAUGAGAUGAUCCUCGUCUACGACUACAUGGCCAACGGGACUCUUCGAGACCAUCUCUAUGGCACGGACAACGACCUUCUCCCGUGGAAACAGCGACCCGAGAUAUGCGUGGGGGAGGCGCGUGGGCUGCACUACUUCCAUUCGGAAGUGAAGAACACCGUCAUCCACCGCGACGUCAAGACGACAAACAUAUUGUUGGACGAGAAGUGGGUGGCCAAAGUUGCCGAUUUUGGAUUGUCAAAACUCGGUCGCGGCGACAGCGCUGUUAGUACGGCGGUGAAGUGCACUUUUGGGUACAUGGACCCGGAAUACGCAUAG